ACCAACCGCGUUAUUUUGUUCUAAAACUUGGGUGACCUCCUCCAUUAUUUCUUCUCUCUGCAAAAUUUGCGCAAAUUAGGGUUUUGCUUUCACCGAUUUCUCACAAUAAUGGGGGGAGGCAACGCUCAAAAAUCCAAGACUGCUCGCGAGAAAAAUUUGGAGAAGAAUAAGCCUUCCAAAGGAAGCCAAUUAGAUUCAAACAAAAAGGCUAUGAGUAUCCAGUGCAAGGUAUGCAUGCAGACAUUUAUGUGUACUACUACAGAGGUGAAAUGCCGUGAACAUGCUGAAAAUAAGCACCCAAAACACGACAUUGGUGCAUGUUUUCCACAUUUGCAGAAAUGACCCCUGAAGGUUUCAUGUAGAAAUUGAUGGGAAGAAGUUGUCACAGGAAAAUAAACUUUUAAGAAAUAUUUCGAAGUUGUAACUUAUCUAAUGUAUAUCAAAUGAUAUUGCCUUAAAUCUCUUGAUUACCGCUGCCUUUGGUUAUUGGGAUUACUCAAUGUAAAACUUUGUUCUUCGAAUGAAAGCAUCUAAACCUGUUUAUCUUGAGCUUGAUCUGUAUUUGUUUUUGUAUAAACGUUUCUCUUCUGUUAAUAUGGUGCCUGUAUUGUAUCCUUGCA